AUGCAGAAAUCCUACUGUACUAGUGCGCACGGGAGCGCAGACGCACUUUCGAGGGAAAAAAGUGCAGGAACUUUUGGAGGAGAAACUCUGUCUUUUGAAGAGAUCAGGAGUUCUAUGGGGCCAGAGUAUGCUCCUGUGAAAACAGGCACGACGAUUGUCGGGGUGAAGGGCGAGGACUACGUUGUUCUUGCAGCAGAUACGAGGUCUACGAGUGGGCCUGUAGUUGCGAAUAAAAACUGCAGCAAGAUACACUAUAUCUCCGAGAAUAUCAGGUGCUGUGGGGCAGGGACUGCUGCGGAUACGUACUACACGAACAAAAUGGCUGCUUCCUCUAUUCGCAGAUUUUCCUUGAAAUACGGGAAAAUGCCGCCUGUCUCGUACUGCGUGAAUAUCCUGAAGAGACACCUUUUUUCGUACCGCGGGAAUGUUUCCGCUAGUUUGAUCCUGGGGGGUGUUGACGAGCACGGGGCAAGCCUUUUCGGAAUACACCCGCACGGGAGCGUGGAUGCAGUUCCGUAUACGGCGCAGGGAUCUGGGUCCUACGCUGCGAUAGGCCUUCUGGAGACCGGCUGGAGGAAGGGAAUGCGCGAGGAAGAGGCAGUUGAGCUCGCAUGCGAGGCUAUAACAGCGGGAAUCAUGAACGACCUGUACUCCGGGUCAAACAUUGACAUAUGCGUGAUUCGCCGAGGGCAGGAGACAGUCUUUGAAACGGACUACAGGAGAAAUUAUCGGGAGGUUGGGAAGAAGGCAGCCCGCAGCAUGAAGUACGCAUAUCCCCGCGAGAGCGUUAAAAUCACGAAGGAGCAAGUCUUCGAGCUGAUUUCCGUGAGCACGAAGGAGGAGUAA